AUGCACAGCAGCAGCUUGGAAGGACUCAUUCCUUGUUUUUGUUCUAUUUUUUUCUCUCUCUUUUUAACCUGUGCUCUCUCAGGUCCACAAUCACAGGUGAGCUCAGCUCCUUUGCUGACAAUGAACAUCACACACUUGGCAUUCUCAUUUCAGCCCGUGCUGCUCAACGCCACCGAAGACUUCAACGACUCCAUCCCGAACAACAGGAGUGGAGAUGGAUUUUGUGAGCAGGUCUUCAUCAAAGCCGAGGUCUUCUUGACCCUGGGGAUCAUCAGCCUGCUGGAGAACAUCCUUGUCAUUCUGGCAGUGCUGAAGAAUGGGAACCUGCACUCUCCCAUGUAUUUCUUCCUGUGCAGCCUGGCUGUGGCAGAUAUGUUGGUGAGCAUGUCCAACGCCCUGGAGACCGUCAUGAUCGCAAUCCUCAGCAACGGCUACCUGGUCAUUGACGACCACUUCAUCCAGCACAUGGACAAUGUAUUUGAUUCAAUGAUUUGUAUUUCUCUGGUAGCCUCCAUUUGCAACCUCCUGGCCAUAGCCAUCGACAGGUACAUCACUAUUUUCUAUGCCCUCCGUUACCACAGCAUCAUGACGGUGAAGAAAGCCCUGACCCUCAUUGUGCUCAUUUGGGUGGCUUGCAUCAUCUGUGGCAUCAUUUUCAUUGCCUACUCGGAGAGCAAAACUGUCAUAGUGUGUCUCAUCACCAUGUUCUUCACCAUGCUGCUGCUCAUGGCCUCUCUGUACGUGCACAUGUUCCUGUUUGCCCGCCUGCACGUCAAGCGCAUCGCGGCGCUGCCCGUCGAGGGCGUGCCCCCCCAGCGCACCUGCAUGAAGGGGGCUGUCACCAUCACCAUCCUCCUGGGGGUCUUCAUUGUCUGCUGGGCGCCUUUCUUCCUCCACCUCAUCCUCAUCAUCUCCUGCCCCAUGAACCCCUACUGCAUCUGCUACACCGCGCACUUCAACACCUACCUGGUGCUGAUCAUGUGCAACUCGGUCAUCGACCCGCUCAUUUACGCCUUCAGGAGCCUGGAGAUGAGGAAGACUUUCAAAGAAAUCGUGUGUUGCUGCUAUGGCAUGAGUGUGGGACAGUGCAUGCUGUAA